ACAGAUGGCACAUACUACAAGUUCCUGCCAAACAAAACAGAGAAGUACAGCGAAAUAAUAGAGCUUUAAGGCCAAAUAUGAAUAAAUGGAAGCAGAAAAUAGCUGUUCUCAUAAUCAGGAAAUCAUUUGAUCGUUCAUAGCGUCAUGGACGAUUAAUUCCAGUGUGUAAUUUACGGUUUAUUGGUAGGUCAAUGGAUUCUUUGCACCUGUUUGCAUCAGGAGACUGGUUUCGCCGCUGGGGAAGCCUCGAUAGACCUGCCGUGCAAUUUCAGCACCAGCGCCCGGGACGACAUCAGCACAGCUGACGUAUUCAUAAAGGAGACCAAACCGAAUAAGAGACAUUAUGUCUUCGGCAGUAUUAGAGAAAUUACUCAGAGGUCGUCUCUUUCAUGCCAGACAGUAUAUCAUGAGGCAUAAAUCCAAGAUCACAAUGGCACCUGCUGAAAACUGUGAUAUUCUUAUGACAUUCCCAGACAGCACAGAUGACCAUACGCUGUUAUGGUUACUUAACCAAAUCCGGCUGGGAAUUCCACAAAUCAGAGUCCAGAUUCGGCAGCAUAAAUACACUCACAACUAUGCAUUCUUUAUUACCUCAGCCUUUGAGAACUUGUUGUGUGGAGCUGAACAGAUGGGCAUGCAAAAGACAGUGAAGGCACGCUAUGGAGGCGGCACUCGCAGGUUUUCAUGUGAGGAGGAUGACAUCUAUGAGAACAUAGAGAGUGAGCUGUGUUUCUUCACAUCACAGGAGCGUCAGAGUAUUAUCAAAUAUUGGUUGGACAAUCUGCGGGCCAAACAGGGCGAGACCCUUCAUAACAUUCACUUCCUGGAGGGUCAACCAAUCAUACCAGAGCUUAUAUUGAGGGGUGCAAUUCUUCAAAUGUUUCCCCUUCAUGAGCAGAGAAUUCUAAAUCAACUGAUGACAUCCUGGGUUCAGGCAGUCUGUGAGAGGCAACCCUUAGAUGACAUCUGUGAUUAUUUUGGUGUGAAGAUUGCCAUGUACUUCGCAUGGUUGGGGUUUUACACCAACUCUAUGCUGUACCCAGCAGUGAUUGGCUUUCUGCUCUGGAUCUUUGCUGAGUCUGAUCAGGCAAGUCAGGAUAUUUGCUGUGUGGUAUUUGCCAUUUUCAAUGUGGUGUGGGCAACACUGUUCCUGGAGAGAUGGAAGCGGCGGGAAGCAGAAUUAGCAUAUAAGUGGGGCACACUGGACACCCCUACAGAGUCACUGGAGGAACCCCGUCCACAGUUUCGGGGUGUUAAACGCCGCAGUCCAGUGACGGAUUGUGAAGAGUUUUUCUACCCACCCUGGAAGAGGAGAAUGUUCUGCUGGUUUGUCAGCUUACCUAUCUGCAUCCUCUGUCUCUGCUUCGUCUGCUUGGCCAUGUUUGUCUGCCUGGAAUUUCAAGAAUUGGUAAUGGAAACAAAAGAGUUGCCAAGCAUCUGUAGAUUUAUUCCUAAACUUCUGCUGGCUAUAACAGUUACUGUAUGUGAUGAAGUGUACAAGAAAAUAGCUCUCUGGCUCAAUGAUCUGGAAAAUUAUAGACUUCAGAGCACGUAUGAUAAUAAUCUCAUCCUCAAGACUGUUUUUUUUCAGUUCAUAAAUUCUUACCUCAGCCUUUUCUACAUUGGAUUUUAUCUCAAAGAUAUGGAGCGGUUAAAAGAGAUGCUGGCCACGUUGUUGAUCUUUCGCCAAUUUCUACAAAACAUCAAAGAAGUGUUACAGCCGUAUCUUUAUGAGCACCACAAAUUAGGGGCCCUGAGGACGUUAUCAGACUUAAUUCACACCAUGGUCUUGAACUAUAGCCAUUUGAUAGUGCAAAGGAUGCGACUGACUUGCCAAGCCAGUCUUUAUGUGAACAAAAGUGGCUCAUCUCCAGAUGAAUCAGAGAAGACAGAAAGGAGAAGUCUGAUUGCCAGCUACAAAGUUCCCAGAACAGAGGAAGCAGAUGAUGCUGGUCUAAAGCAAAGGAAGGUCAGCUUCACCGAGAAAGUGGAAUACAAAGACCAAGUUGUGGAAGCACCAACACAGGGCAGCUUACUAGAUGAUGGCAGUCCUACUCUUGUGGAGGAAGGAAUGGAUCCAUCUUCAAUAUUUGAUAUGUAUGAUGAUGAUGAGAAUGUCAAGGAAACUGAUGAUACUGUGAGUAAACCCCAAGAGACUCAGAGGAGAAAGACCACAUGUGCAGGUGACAACCACAGUAUGGACAAAAAAAUGUCCUGGAUGGACCCUCCAGAGGAGACUGGGUCUACCGUUUUGACCCAACCUGAGAUUGAAAGUUGCAUGCUAACUUAUGAGGAUACUCUUCAAGAUUACCAGGAGAUGUUCAUACAGUUUGGCUACGUUGUGCUCUUCUCAUCUGCAUUUCCUUUGGCGGCCAUGUGUGCCCUUAUAAAUAACAUUGUAGAGAUCCGAAGUGAUGCCUUAAAACUUUGCUCAGGCCUCCAGAGGCCCUUUGGGCAAAGGGUAGAAAACAUUGGACAAUGGCAGACUGCAAUGGAGGCUAUGGGUCUGAUUGCUAUAAUUGUGAACUGUUACCUUAUUGGCCAAUGUGGACAGCUAAAACGACUCUUCCCCUGGUUGAGUCCUGAGAUGGCCAUUGUCUCUGUUGUAUUACUAGAGCACUUUGCCGUUAUGCUCAAAUAUGUCAUUCAUAUUGCAAUUCCUGAUAUUCCAAGCUGGGUGGCAGAUGAGAUGGCCAAACUUGAAUACCAGAGAAGAGAAGCUCUCAAGAAACAUGAACACCUGGCUCAGCAGCACCAGCAGCAGCAACGGAGGAAGAAUGAAGAAGAGGAGGAGCAUCAAAAAAUGGCAGAGGAAUUGGUACGACAAGAGAGUGAGCAAGACAAGUCAGAUCCCAGUGGAGGUGAAGAUCAUCACCAUGAUAAAAGCCUAGGAACCAAGUUCAGCUCUGGAGGAGAUAAGCCCAAGAGACCCAGCUCAAUUUUAGGCAACAAUAAUGUUAUGAAACUUAAACAAAUAAUCCCUCUUCAGGGUAAAUUCGCCUCCACGACUUCUCCAAGUGGCGAGGCCAAACUUCCUGGUUUUCUAAAGUUCCUCAAGUCUCCGGAGUUCAAAAAGGAAGCAGCUAUGGCAGUUGUGCCAGCAGCUACACAUUCGAGCCAAGAUAAAUCACAGUCUCCCAGCAAUUCAUUCAACCCAGGAAAACUGUUCAACUUUGGAAAAGAAAAUCUGUGUACUGGUGCUGGUUCUGAUCAACAAGCAAAACCAGAAGGUGCAUCCAGGGCCACUUAUGCACAACUCACAAAUAAUGACCAAAUUCCUUCAUCAGAAGAGCUUCCAUCUUCUGAGGUUGAAAAGGAAGGAGGCAUGCUAAAGCACCUGCAUGAUAAAAUCAACUUCGGCAUGGGAAGAGCAGAAGUUCGAAUGAGCACUGUAAUCAUACAAAAUGUAUAGAUUUUCUAGUUUUCUAUGCAUUAUUAUUUUUGUUACAUGAAAUGACAUAUUCUAUAAAUAUAACAUUGUCCUGGCUGAUUUUGAUCUUAUCGUGAGUGAACCAAUAAUGCAAUAAAUCAUGAGGAAUUACUGUGGGAUUUCUUUUUUUUAAAUUAUUAUUAUUAUAUGGUAUAUCAGGCCCCAUGUUCAUAAUUAAGGCAGCAUUCUAAUCAGAUUAUUUCCAAGUAUGUUUUUACAAUUCCAAACCAUAUCAGCCUGAAUAAUUUUUAACAGAAUAUAAUUAUUUAUAACUGCAAUUUAGUUAUUGAUGAGGGAGGGUGUGAACACCCAGUAUUCAGAUUUCUUACUACAAGUAAAAUGGGACAAAAAAAUAGAUCUAACUGACAAACACACACACACACACACACACACACACAAAAUUAAAAUCUAAAAUUAUGAUCAGAAGAAUGCAACACUCUUAACCCUUUAAGCUCGGUGGGUCUGCCGAGGAAAAAUAUUAACAACUACAGUCUUGACCAACACAAAAUAGGUAUCCUUUAAAACUUUAGAAGCUCUACUUUACAAUGCAUGUAGGCACUAUGACAAAAAACUGAACGAGUUCUUUGAAAUUUGCAGACAAAUCAGAAGUGUUCCGUUUUGAUAAUUUAUUAAAAAGUUUGCACUGUACAUACUUUUGUAAUCGGUAAAAACAUCAAAUUCAUCAAACAGCCAUUUGUCAUAUGUUGUUGGAAACCUCUCAAAGAGUACAACCAGCCUAUUUGUUUUACUCACAGACAAAAAAUAUAGAGAGUAAUAGCUAAGAAUAUGUCUUUGACAUUUAUAUUUCAUGUAAACAGGUGUUGCUAAUAUGCCGCGUUUUCACUUAUAACUUCACAAUAAAUAAACAGAAAUAAAAUAUCACAAACCACUACUUAGAGGUGGCCAUUAUCUUUCAAACGAGCACACACACACACACACACACGGUAACUGGAUGCAUAGAUCAUUAGAUAACUGAUACGAAGCACAAUGUGCACACAGCAUCUAUCUGGCAUCUUGCAAUCUGGCUGAAAACACGUUAGCUUUCCUGGAUCAGAUGAGGUCAUCGGAAAUGGUGUAGCAUCUUAGAAUGCUAAACCAAUUGAACUUGGUUCAUCCAUAUUUGGGCAGAGAGACAUGUGAUUGUUUACGCUUACACAAGGCCAUCAGGAGAUGGCGCCAAGUACAUGACUCAGACUCAAUGAUCCAGACUCAUUGAGUCAAAUGUACACAUUCUG